CUCUAAAUCCAUCAAGUCCCCACAUUUGCUCCUUUUCUAUUCUUUGUUUUCUCUCACUCUUGUCAUUAAUCAGCAUGAACUAGCCGUAAUGAUCUCAAAAAAAAAAAAAAAAGGCAAACAGGAAAUAAAAAGGUGCUUUCUUUUCUGGAGAUUGAAAUGGACCCAUUACCAUGAGGCUAAUCUUUUCAAACAACGGUUAGAUUCGAAGAGGAGGAGCUUGUCUUUGGUCCUUUUUUUUUACUUGCAGAGUGACUGUGACCGAGAAGAGCAGAGCAAGUGAGAAGGAAACUACAGAAGAAAAGAAAAAAAUUCCGGGUUUUUUUUGUUGGUUUUAGAAAUGGAUGAAUCUGCUUGUCUCGUUAGAUCGUUUUCCAAUCCUGAAGAUGUUUCUCGUGAAGUUAAAGAGGGUGACCCGGCUCAUGGCCAGAUUCGUGCACUCACAGAAUCGAUAUCUUUCGGCAGAUUUAUGUCGGAAUCAUUGGCAUGGGAGAAAUGGUCAACAUUUUCUCACAAUCGUUACUUGGAAGAAGUCGAAAAGUUUUCGAAACCGGGAUCUGUUGCUCAAAAGAAGGCUUUUUUUGAAGCUCAUUACAAGAGACGAGCUGCAAUGAGAGCUGCGGCUUUGCUCGAGCAAACAAAUAUUGUCACUAAUGAUGCCUCUCAAAUGGAUUUAGCCAAUUCGAACAUGCCUUCAGCUGCGAAUCAACGCGAGAAAGAUAUUUUCGAUGCUGAGAUAACUAAUACUGCUUAUGUAGAUGCAGGCAAACAUAAUGUUUUGAGAGAAAAUGAUGUUACCAACGUGGAACAAGGUCCGAAGGUGAUGGAAGAAGAUGUGAAUAUGGAGGUAUGUCAGCAGGUUGAGAAUUUGAAUGCUUUCGAAAAUGUUGAAAUCCAAGACAAGAUUAUGGGAACCCCAACGAAUACCCCGAAGAAACGUGAUGAGCCAAAGAACUCGACUUCAUCAAGCAAGAAAAGACGAACAAAUUCUUCAUCAAAGGCAUCUCUUCCUAGCAGAGCAUCUAAAUCUCCAUUACAUCCUUCUAAACGAAAGGUUCCAGGACUAACCAGGAAUGAUGCUGAUGUUGUUACGUCCACUGGAAACUCAAAUGAGAAGAAGAAAACAAUGCUGAGCCCGCUCCACACGUCAAUUAAUUUUGCUUCCAGUUCCGGUAAAAGUGAAAAGACUUCAUUAAGAAUGUCGAGAGAGAGUGCAACUCCUCCACAAACACGAACGAGGGUAUUGAAGAAAGCUGCUGACCAAAAGAAUUUAGCUUCAUCAAGUGAAAAAAGACAAUCAAAUUCCACUUUGAAGUUAACUAAUCAUGGUGGAGUAUCCAAACUAGCAAUGCCUAGAAUCGGAAAUGAGUCAAAUAACCAUACUUUUAUUAAUAAGAAGCCUGCAUUAGACUCAAAUGAGCAGAGAAGAAUAACUCAAAAUUCCCUUCACAUGUCGAUGAAUUUCUCUACACCAGCUGGUGAAGCCACUAAAACAUCACCCAAGAUAUCCAGAGAAAGUUCUAAUCGGCUACGAACUUCAUCCAGGGCAACUGUUGAUGCGGAUUCAAAGCAUGCUUCCAAAGUUAUUCAAUCACGGGAUAAAAGAACUAUAUCAGUAAAUAAGUAUGUUUCAGCCGCAGGAGACAAGAGAUGGCCACCCAUCUCCAACUGCUCGAAAUCUUCCAAUGCAAGUGGAACCAGGGCAAAAUUUAUUAGUUCGUGUCCAUUUAGUUUCAGGAGCGAAGAAAGGGCUGAAAAACGGAAAGAGUUCUUUAAGAAGCUAGAAGAGAAAAAGAAUUCAAAGGAGGCAGAAAAAUCACACAUGCAAGUAAAAUCAAAGGAGAAAGCAAAGAAUGACUUGAAUAAAUUCAGGCAAAGCACUGACGUAAAAGCUAGAUCAAAUGAAGGUUCAUGCCAUGGAUCACAUAUCCCACACAAUUACGUUAAGAAGAUAACUUCAAGUUGGCCUCAAUCACCAAAACAAGAAAGGAAGCCAUCUCACAGCACAGUGCAGAAUGCAAACCCGAGACCUCCAAGAUGGCCUUCCAUUAAUACUGAAAGCUCUAAGAAUGGACUGAUGAAAAAUAAUAGGACAUCGGGGACCUCAUUGCCGAAGAAAAGGCAUGAAAAUGCUUCCCCCAAUAUCCAGGUUUCAGUUGGCAAAGUUAUAGAAACUGGAGGAUCAAUAACCGGUGGGGGCAGCCAAUGACCUUUUAAGUUCUUUUAGUGACAAACAGUUAUAGAAACUGAAAAUAAUGUUGUGAGAUAGAAUGGGAUAGAUAUCAAAGUGUAGUUUGUAAUUUUUCUUUAGUGCCAAAUUUCACACAAGUCCUAGGUACAAUUUUGU